AUGGAACCACCAGAUCUUGAAUGUCCACCAAGCCAAAAUCUAGUAGACUGUGAACCCCCGGUUGUGACAUGUCCACAAGAUCAGAAUCUGGAUGGUGGUGAAUCAUGUGCCGCUACCGCCUACUGGGAUUCCCCAGAUGUGAGUGACAACUAUGAAGAUGAUCUUAUUGCUGUUUGUGAUUAUACAAAUGGUUCUAUAUUUCUUGAAGAGAGCACAAAUGUGACUUGCAAUGCUACUGAUAAGUUUGGUAACACAGGGAGUUGUUCGUUUACUAUUUACAUUAUUGAUAACUUGCCGCCUAAUCUCGUAUGUCCUGGUGAUGUGAAUGUAUGUAAUGAUGACGGUCUUAAUAACGCCAGCGUUACUUGGAAGCCAGCCAAUGUUACUGACAACUGUUGUGAGAAUGUUGUAGCGGAUGCAAACUAUACCAAUGGAUAUUCGUUUGAAAUUGGUACUACUGUGGUGGAGUACUCAUCAAGUGACUGUGACAAUCUCAUGACUACAUGUCAGUUCAGUGUGGUUGUCAGAGAUUGUGACGCCCCUGAUUUUACUUGCCCGGAUGAUUUGGCUCCCCAUGACGCUGAUGAUAGCUGUCAGGCAAAUGUCACUUGGAAUGCGGUAACAGCAGACGACAACUACGAUAGUGUUGUAGAUGUUGACUGUGAUUUGAGUCCUGGUACUUUUCCUUUAGGAAAUUACACUGUGCAGUGCAGUGCUUCAGAUUUGGCAGGCAAUACAGGCAACUGUUCUUUCAAUUUCUACAUUCUUGAUACUGUUGCACCAGGAAUAAUAUGUCCAUCCAAUGUGACGAUUUGUGCCGAAUCAGGAAUGUCUUCUGCCAUAGCUUAUUGGGACUUACCAACUACUUUUGAUAACUGCUGUGAUGUUAGCGCCAUACCUGAUAUAGACAAUGGCACAACAUUUGGGAUGGGACCUAACACGGUGACUUACACAGCUGUUGAUUGCAAUUCUAAUGGUGCCCAAUGCACAUUCAUUAUUACUGUAGAAGAUUGUGAACCACCAAUGAUCAUGUGCCCAGACAAUGUUACAAUUGAUGCCAAUGAUAACUGCACUGCUGUUGGUAACUGGUCCAUGGCAACAGCUACAGACAUAGCAGUGGGACAAACUGAUGUUGUAUGCAGUCAUCAGGCUUUGAUUAGCGAGUUUGAAGGUGGAAGUACCAAAGUAAUGUGUAAUGCAACUGAUGGUGAAGGAAACACUGGUUCUUGUUCUUUCUAUGUGGAUGUUGUUGAUACAACGGCACCUGAAAUAACAUGUCCAUUAGAUAGGACUAUUUGUGCUGAGCCGGGAAUGUCUACUGGCAUAGCUUAUUGGGACACACCAACAACGUCUGAUAACUGUUGUGAAUAUAGCACAAUAUCCUCUAAUAUAGAGAAUGGUACAUCUCUCCAGUUGGGACCUAACAAUAUAACAUACACAGCUGAGGACUGCAACGGCAAUAGUGCUGAAUGCACAUUUGUUAUAACUGUAGAAGAUUGUGAACCACCAAUGAUCAUGUGCCCAGACAAUGUUACAAUUGAUGCCAAUGAUAACUGCACUGCUGUUGGUAACUGGUCCAUGCCAACAGCUACAGACAUAGCAGUGGGACAAACUGAUGUUGUAUGCAGUCAUCAGGCUUUGAUUAGCGAGUUUGAAGGUGGAAGUACCAAAGUAAUGUGUAAUGCAACUGAUGGUGAAGGAAACACUGGUUCUUGUUCUUUCUAUGUGGAUGUUGUUGAUACAACGGCACCUGAAAUAACAUGUCCAUUAGAUAGCACUAUUUGUGCUGAGCCGGGAAUGUCUACUGGCAUAGCUUAUUGGGACACACCAACAACGUCUGAUAACUGUUGUGAAUAUAUCACAAUAUCCUCUAAUAUAGAGAAUGGUACAUCUCUCCAGUUGGGACCUAACAAUAUAACAUACACAGCUGAGGACUGCAACGGCAAUAGUGCUGAAUGCACAUUUGUUAUAACUGUAGAAGAUUGUGAACCACCAAUGAUCAUGUGCCCAGACAAUGUUACAAUUGAUGCCAAUGAUAACUGCACUGCUGUUGGUAACUGGUCCAUGCCAACAGCUACAGACAUAGCGGUGGGUGAUAUUGAUGUUGUAUGCAGUCAUCAGGCUUUGGUUAGCGAGUUUGAAUUUGGUAGUACAGAAGUAACAUGUAAUGCUACUGACGGUGAAGGAAACACUGGUUUCUGUUUCUUCUACGUGGAUGUUUUCGAUACAACUGAACCAAAUUUACUGUGUCCAUCCAAUAUAACUGUCUGUGCCGAAUUUGGGACAAAUGCUGCCACAGCAUACUGGGACACAGCAACAGCGUCUGAUGACUGCUGUGAUUCUAUCACAUUAUCAACUAAUAUAAAUAAUGGUACAUCUCUUCAGUUGGGACUCAGUACUGUAACAUACACAGCUGUUGACUGCAAUGACAAUGACGCCCAAUGCGAAUUCUUUUUUAUCGUAGAAGAUUGUGAUAAACCAGUAAUAGCAUGUCCUGGUGAAUUGGCUCUAAUUGCUAAUGAAAGCUGCCAAGCUGUUGCAACAUGGGGCACUAUAGACGUUUCUGAUAACUCGGGCGAAAUAUUAGAUGCAAUGUGUGAUCAAUCAAAUGGUACUUAUUUAGAAGCAGGAGAAUUUCUCACUGUAAACUGUGGUGCCAUGGAUUCUGCUGGUAAUUCCGCAACAUGUGCCUUUAAUGUCACAGUGUCAGAUUUAACACCACCAAUAUUCAAUUGUCCUGAACCAGUUACAAAGUGCAACGAUGAAGGUCUAGCAAACGCUACUGUGUUUUGGAAUUCUACAAAUGAGACAGACAACUGUUGUCAAAAUAUAACAGUCAAUAGAAGUGAAGAUAGUGGAAGCAUCUUUGGCAUAGGAUCAUCAUCUGUUACAAUAAAUGCUGAAGAUUGUAAUGGAAAUUCAGAGAGUUGCACUUUUGAUAUUGUUGUUGAAGAUUGUGAACCACCUAUAAUUUCGUGUCCUGACUCUCAAACGUUGGAAGCCGGGCCGCAAUGCACCGCUACUUUUACUUGGCCAGAUCUCAACGUUAUAGACAAUGAUCUCAGCUCUGUUGAAACUACCUGUAAUUAUACAUCCGGGCAUGCAUUUGAUAUAGGAACAUCAAUUGUAGGUUGUACUACUGUAGACAGUGGAGACAAUGAAGACUCAUGUACUUUUAUUGUGUUUGUCCAAGAUUGUUCUUAUCCUUUGGUUGACUGUCCUGAUGACAUUGUUCUGGAAGCUAAUGCAGAGUGCAAUGGCACUCUUGAAUAUAAUGUGUCUGCAAUGACCACGGAUGGACAACGUCUUGAGCCAUCAUGUACUUCUCAAUCCGGGGAGGUAUAUAUUCUUGGCGAAGAAGAAGAAAUAAACUGCACAGCUACUGAUUCAGGAGGUCGCACAGGUUAUUGUCUGUUUACAGUGUCUGUUAAAGAUACAACACCUCCACAUCUAGAAUGUCCAGAUAAUAUUUUGCUGUGUUCAGAUGAUAGUACUGCUAAUGCAACAGUUUCAUGGGAAGAACCUGCUACUACUGAUUUACCAUGUUCAAACAUCAGCUUGAGUUCGAAUACAAGCACGGGUGUGUUUAGUGUGGGCACAAGUACUGUUGUUUACAAAGCAAAAGAUAGUUCUGGUAACAUUGCCUUCUGUGAAUUCAAUGUAACUGUCGAAGACUGUUCUGCACCAAUCAUCGUUUGUCCUGACAAGCAAAUUAUAACAGCGGGGUCUUAUUGUACAGGAUUACUGUCCUACAGUGUUUUGUCAUCAGAUAAUGUUGACUCUGAAUUAUCUCCUGUUUGUAGUAAUGUAUCUGGAUCAUAUCUUGAAUUGGGCUUGACAACCAUUAGUUGUAUUGUGACUGACAAUGCUGGUUUGUCAUCAAAUUGCUCAUUUGAUGCUGAAGUUAUUGAUACUUCUCAACCAACAAUUGUGUGUGCUGAUUCGAUUUAUGUAACCCUUGGCGUUGGAGAAACAGAACAGCUUGUGCAAUGGAAUACCACAACAAGUGAGGAUAAUUGUGGAAAUUUGAGUAGGUAUCACGAUGUCUAUUCUGCCACUUUAUCAGCAGGAACAUAUUCUUAUGUAUAUUCGGCCGCAGAUGGUUCUGGUAACAUUCAGAACUGCACUGUUGUAAUUACUGUUGAAGAGACGUUUGUAACAACACCAGAGACGUUUGUAACAACACCAGAGACGUUUGUAACAACACCAGAUGUGACAGGUACAAUAGAUAUAGUCACAAUGGUAGUAACAGAUGAUGUAACAACACGUAUAACGGAUACAGUCACAACGGUAGUAACAGAUGAUGUGACAACACGUAUAACGGGUACAACCACACCGGUAGUAACAGAUGAUGUGACAACACGUAUAACGGAUACAAUCACACCGGUAGUAACAGAUGAUGUGACAACACGUAUAACGGGUACAACCACACCGGUAGUAACAGAUGAUGUGACAACACGUUUAACAGGUACAACCACACCGGUAGUAACAGAUGAUGUGACAAUACGUAUAACGGGUACAACAACACCGGUAGUAACAGAUGAUGUGACAACACGUAUAGUGGGUACAGACACACCGGUAGUAACAGAUGAUGUGACAACACGUUUAACGGGUACAACCACACCGGUAGCAACAGAUGAUGUGACAACACGUAUAACGGGUACAGCCACACCAGUAGUAACAGAUGAUGUGACAACACGUUUAACGGGUACAACAACACCGGUAGUAACAGAUGAUGUGACAACACGCAUAAUGGAUACAACCACACCGGUAGUAACAGAUGAUGUGACAACACCUUUAACGGAUACAACCACAACAGUAGUAACAGAUGAUGUGACAACACGUAUAACAGACACAACCACAACAGUAGUAACAGAUGAUGUGACAACACGUAUAACAGAUACAACCACAACAGUAGUAACAGAUGAUGUGACAACACUUAUAACGGAUACAACCACAACAGUAGUAACAGAUGAUGUGACAACACGUAUAACGGAUAGAACCACACCGGUAGUAACAGAUGAUGUGACAACACGUAUAACAGAUACAACCACAACAGUAGUAACAGAUGAUGUGACGACACGUAUAACGGAUAGAACCACACCGGUAGUAACAGAUGAUGUGACAACAGGUAUAAUAGAUACAAUUACAUCACAACGUUCAACAGUCUGUGCUCCGAAUGAGUGGCAAUGUAGCAAUAGUGAUCAAUGUAUUCCCAUUGAUUACCUCUGUGAUGACAUUUCAGAUUGCUUCAACAAUGAAGAUGAGUCCUGUGACAAUUGUAACUGUUCGUGUCCUGCAACAUUCUUUAGAUGCCCUAGAAGCUACUGUAUAUUCGACGAGUAUACCUGUGAUGAAUUUCCGGAUUGUCCUGAUUUGUAUGAUGAAUCAUUUGAGCUUUGUGAUGGUAAAUGUGUGUCACCGGCUCCUCCAACGAAAGGGUUUAUAUAUGGAUAUGCACAUGCCUUCUAUAGAAAUGGUGAAUCCGUAGAAUUUGGGUGCUUCAGUGGUUACUCAGUAAUUGGACCUCAAACCAUCACUUGCAGUGAUGGAAAUUUUACUGAAAUUCCAAGUUGCCGUGAAAAUUGUGUACUGCCAUCUGCUCCAGACCGUGGGUAUGUGAAUGGUUCCACAAUUCAUGGUGGUAGCAUUACAUUUGGAUGUAAUACUGGGUACAGGCCAUCAACUGGCAGAUCUUUCACAGUUACGUCAGUAUGCAUCGAUGGCAGUUACAAUAUAACAUCGAUUAUAUGUAAAGAUGAUGAUGAGUGUCAGUCUGGCAGAAACGAUUGUGACGAUUUAGCCCUUUGCACCAAUACGGAUGGAAGUUACACUUGUCAAUGUAAUGAUGGAUAUGCUAGUAACGACAACGGACGCAAUUGUUUUGAUGUCGAUGAAUGCGAUAACAAUGGUAAUAAUUGUGCAACAUCUCCUGCUGGUUAUUGUAACAAUACUAUUGGAAGCUUUACAUGUGGUUGUAACGAGGGCUACCGACCAGUUGGAACUGAUUGCAUAGUUGACAUAAAAUCUAUAGAAGUCAAGAACUUAGGUGUUAUUUUCGACACUAAGAUGCUGCAAAAACAACAAGUCCGUAAUGUCUGUCGGGUAGCGUAUAUUGGCAUACGCAAAAUUGACAUCAUAAAUUUCCUGGAUACUACUCACAUACUGGUCCACACAUUUGUUACAUCCGGCCUUGACUUCUGCAAUAGAGUUUUAUAUAGUCUUCCAAAUACAGAACUGUCUAAAAUUCAAAGGAUUCAAAACAUUGCAGCUCACUUAACAACCAGAAACCAGUACUUUACACCUAUCCUUAACAAUCUCCACAGGCUAUCCAUAAAGAAACGGCUCAUCUUCCUGCUAUAA